CUACAUCCAGCGUUUGUCGUCACAUAUCCGGGAGGAUGGAUUUGUGAGUUUUCCUGAUUCUCCCUAGCUGAGUUGUUAUCAAAUACUCUAAACGCUGUGAUCGUAUCGUUGGCAGCUUCCACCAAAAUAUGCACAACGACAGUGACUUUAAAUAAUUUACAAAAGACCCGGCGCACUGAGAAGAGAAGAUACGUCGUUUCUUACUUGGAAGGGGGACAAACAUGGCUGGAGCCGAGUGCAGAGGAACAGUCAAGAACCUGCAGGACCAGGAAGGCAACAGGAACUGGAACCACAACCAAGGAGAUUUCAUUUCCUCUCAGAGCGGCCCAGGGCAGAAUGAAGCCCCGCCCACCUCACCGCAGGAAGCAGGAAGUCAACUGGUGGUCAUCCCCGGCAACAACAAAACCGCUGUCGGGGAAAAACUGGAGACAGUUCGCAAGUGGACCAUCACUACGUAUAUGUGCACUAGGCAGACUCUCUCAGAGAGGCUGGGGACUGGGUCUCGGACCGUGGACCUAGACCUGGAGCCCCAGCUGGAGGACCUGAGUGUUGACCAGCAGCGCUACAGUCACCUGACCAAGCUGGCAGACACCCUGGCCAAUCAAAUGGUUAAGUUUUCCGUGACUCAGAAGUCCCUGGGAGAUGCCCUCGCUGAACUCAGCGUGAAGUCACCCGCACUGCAUGUUGAGUUUGGCGUGAACGCCGACGUGCUGCACUUCCUGUCCAAGCGAGGAGAGGAGCAGGCGGCGGCCGUGGGCUCCUUCAGCGCAGAGAUCGACACCCUGGUGAGCAGAACCAUCGAGGACACCAUGGUGAACGUCAAACAGUACCACAGCCACAGGGUGGAGUACGAUGCAUACCGCUGUGACCUGGAGGAGCUCAACUUGGGCCCACGGGAUGUCACCUCUCGGGCCAAACUGGAGCAGGCGGAGAGAAACGUACAGGACCAGCGGAGGAGGUACCUCAAGAGCCGAGACGACCUGUCCACAAAACUACGUCUGCUGGAGGAGAACAAGGUGAAGGUUCUCCAGCGCCAGCUCUUGCUGCUCCAGGCUGCCGGGGCCUCCCACAACCUCUCCUGCCACCAGCACCUCCAGGACAAGCUGCAGGAGAGGAGCCAGCAGCUAGAUCCCUCCUCAGCCCUGAACCCCUUGUCCUGGCUGGAGACAAGCUGACACAACACACACUAAACCUGUGAUCAUCUAAUUGCACUUACCGAACUGACCCCUGUUACUGAGAACUGUUACACAAUUUAAAGUGUAUGAGUGACAAAGCCCAGAGCUGCCGUGUAUUGAAUAACUAACAGAUUUUUCAUGUUACUAUGACAACUGUCACCUGUUCCUCCUCCUACGUCUGCCUAGCAACCAGUCCUCUAAUGUACAUCUGCUGUAAUCUAGCAACUGGCCAUCUGCUGUAACCUAGCAACAAUCCCUCCACUGUAACCUAGCAACCACCCUUCUGCUGUAACCUAGCAGCAACCCUUCUGCUGUAACCUAGCAGCCACCCCACUAUUUUAACGUAGCAACCACCCCUCUCUGCUGUAACCUAGCAACCAGCCCUCUACGGUAAGCGACUCCUAGGCACAUGUUUAUCAGGUCUGUGCGUCUUCAGUAGCGGUAUCGGUCCGUCUGUCUUUCCUCUUUUUCUAAAGUAGUCGCUGUCCAGAUGUGUCUCUUCUAUGUCAUGAAGAUUGGACCAAAGCUCACUGAAAUGUGCCUUUCUAGCUAAUACCUUGACUUAACAUUGCCAGUUGUUCGGUUCUGUCGAGAAACUCUGUGUGAAGCACUCCCCCAUGUUGUCCAGGAGGGGGCACGGGGUUGAGGAGUUGUGGUCAGGAUGCAGCUGACCCCUCCCCCCCCCCCCCUUGGCCCUGUCGUAGAGAACAGCAUCAUGGAUGUGGAGUGUGUAUUCUACCUGCCCCAAUUGCCACGGCAACCCGAACAUAGUAGGAACCGAAAGGAGGACGGAUGAAAUGAGGGAACUAUACUCAAUGUAAAUAUUGACUGCCACGCCCAGUGCCUGUAAUUAAACAUUGAACCACUUGA